AGAGAUCAGGCUGACGGGGACGCGGCUCGGUGCGCGCGCUCCAGCCAACAAAGUGCUGACAAAGUCCGCAGAGAGUGCGGGUCGGGAGUGGAUCGGGAGAUCUGGGAGUGGAUCAGGAAUUCUGGGACUCGGACCCGGUCUGGGACUGACUGUGUGUGUGUGUGUGCCGUUGUUCAGGCAGCAGGAGGACCGGGACAGCCGGAGAUGAUGGCCCAGAGUCCCCGAUGGAAGAGGCGCAAGCAGCUCAACCCCCGCAGAAAGAGCGUUCUGAACUAUGACAGUGUUCUGGAGACAACCUCGGAGACAGAUGAGGACGACCAGGCGCUGCUCCGUGAUGACAGCAGCUUCACUGGAGGAGCAGGAGAUGAUGAAGAGGCAGGCAGUCCAAUUGGUGUCCCCGCCCUGGAGGCGUCGCCCAGGGUCGCCCACGCCCUGCUGUCCAACCGGGAGCCGGACGACUCAGAGCACCGGGGGGAGGACGAAUGUAUCGAUGAUCGCAGCAGCGAGUACGAUGCUGUGGGACCUGAGGCCUCUCUGCAGGCGGUGGAAGACGAUGCAGGGAGGCGACUGGACAGCAUUUCUGGGCUGGAUGAGUUCUUCCUGAAACGUGAGCCAGAGGAUGACGAUGGUCACCAGGCAACCAUUGCUGAGUACCUGCAGCGCAGCGACACCGCCAUCAUUUACCCAGAAGCCCCGGAGGAGGUGACGCGCUUGAGCACGCCCGAGGCUGCCGGUCAGGAUGAGAGCGAACAUGAUAUGCCUUCCAGUGCCACAGAUGACUUCGCCCAGCUGCUCACCUGUCCGUACUGCGAGCGCGGCUACAAGCGACUGACGUCUUUGAAGGAGCACAUCAAGUAUCGACAUGAGAACACAGAGGAGACCUUCACCUGCCUGCUGUGUGCAGAAACGUUCAACCAGAGAACCCAGCUGGAGCGGCACAUGACCACACACAAACCCACUGUGGACCAGCCACCGCUGCUCAGUGAGGGAGCUGCAAACCGCAAGUUCAAGUGCAGCGAGUGUGGAAAAGCCUUUAAAUACAAGCAUCACCUGAAGGAGCAUCUCCGUAUUCACAGCGGUGAGAAGCCAUAUGAAUGCUCCAACUGCAAGAAGCGCUUCUCCCACUCGGGAUCCUACAGUUCCCACAUCAGCAGCAAGAAAUGCAUCGGUCUGGUUGCCCUUAAUGGACGAGUACGCAAUGGGAACAACAGCAAACCUGGCUCUUCCCCAAACUCCACAACAUCCUCACCUGGAAGCCCCGCCUUGGCUCACCUCCGGCAAAAACUAGAGAAUGGACGUCUCCUUGGCCUGCAAGACCAGCAAGGUCAGGUGGACAUCAAAACCGAGCCAAUGGACUUUAAUGACUACCGGCUGCUAAUGGCUUCACAGCAUGGGUUUGGGGGACCAGGCGUCUACUUAAAUGGUCGUAGUGGAAGCCCACUGGGUAUCCAUGGCUCCUCACAAAACUCCUUUCAACAACUGGGUGGCAUGGGGAUUGAUCUCUCUCUGCUAGGAUAUGCUGGACCUCUCGGGAGCAGCCUAAGUGAGGUACAGAAGGUUCUCCAGAUUGUGGACAACACUGUUUGCAGGCAGAAGAUGGAUGGAAACCCAGAGGAGCUGUCCAAGCUUAGAGCCUAUAUGAAGGAGUUGGGUGCCCAGAUGGAGGCACAGGCCAGCUUUCAGGUGAUUGGCAGCACCAGUCCUACCAAGAGCAUCAUUGACUACACACUGGAGAAGGUCAAUGAGGCUAAGAACCUUAUCAAUGACUCUAAGAUGCAAGUGGAUGUUAAGAAAGAGAAACCAAACCAAUCAGUUGAUCUCAGCGGUGAAGAAAAGUUCUCUGAUGGACAAAACCAAUUCCUAACAUUUUCUUGCCAAUACUGCAAGGAGAUCUUCCCCGGACCCAUCCCACUUCACCAACAUGAGCGCUACCUGUGUAAAAUGAACGAGGACAUCAAAGCAGUCCUCCAGCAUCCAGAAGGCAGUCCUGUUGGCUGCAGGGGGCUGAUGACUGAUGAACUGUCCCGUACUGAGAGGCCCCACAGCCCCACCAACCUUUUCAAGGACCACAUGUCAGUGUUAAAGGCUUACUUUGCCAUGAAUGCUGACCCCAACUCCGAAGAACUGCUCAAGAUUUCCCUUGCGGUUGGCCUUCCACAAGAACUGGUAAAAGAUUGGUUUUCACAAUGGAAAAUUCAAAACAACCACAUGGACAGUUUGAGGAAAAAGUUCCCGACUCCUGAGCGUGGGGGACCAGACCAGAGCUUGAGUCGGUCUCCAGGGUCCCUUCCUGUUAUAGAUUUACACAAUGGCUUUAUUAACACUGAUCCCACCCACAGACUCACAAAGAUCAAUCAGUUUACAGCCAACAGGCAGACAAAGGGGGACAAACCAAUUCAUCCUGCUGAUCCCUUGAGGAGCAACACUUCGUCACCUUUAAACCUGUCUUCCACCUCAUCAAAACACUCCCAGAGUAGCUCUUACACUCCAAACAGCCUCACGUCUGAGGAUGCCCAUGGGGAUACUCCUUUAGAUUUGUCGCUGCCCAAACACAUGGCACAGAAGCGACAAAAGCCAAAUGGCUUCAUCACCGAGCACAACGGCGAGGUGUCAGUACGUGAACAGGGUUCUGGAUCUCUAGCACUGGUCAAGAUCAAGAAGGAGGUCUUGGGCUCGGACAGUGGUGGGAGCUCUAUCCAUCAGCUGGAGAAAAGCACCAGCCCGAUUUUUGGCAUUAAUCCCUUUGCUAGUGGUCCUGUGUACACUUCCUUGCCACCCCAUGGGGCUUUUCCUCCACCCACCUUCAUAAGUCCUGCUCAGGCCACCAUCCCAGGCCUGAGGCCCUACGCCGGUCUUGACCCCAUGAGCUUCCUGCCCCACAUGGCCUACACCUAUGCCACAGGGGCUGCAACGUUUGCAGAAAUGCAGCAUAGAAGAAAGUACCAACGGAAAGCAAGUUUCCAGGGGGAGCUGCUGGACGGGACGGCGGACUAUCUGUCAGGCCUGGACGACCUGACAGACAGCGAUUCGCUGCUCUCCAGGAAGAAGAUUAAGAAGACUGAAAGUGGUAUGUACGCGUGUGACUUGUGCGACAAAACAUUCCAGAAGACCAGUUCCCUCCUAAGACACAAAUAUGAGCACACAGCAGCUGGUUGGGGAGGAAAAAACAUGUUCAGCAGCAUGAGUUUCAGACUGUGGUAUAAGGGGGAAUUUGGCUUUUGUUCCUGUUUGUGUCUGAGUGAAGAUCCAGAGGAAUAACUUAAUAAAAACAGAGAAUCGCUUUUUAUAUUUACCCUGGAAACAAUUUGUGACGGAACUUCAUUGUUAAAGGUAAACCUACUGUCAGGCCUCGCAUUAAACAUAACUUUAGAAAAUAUGACUCAUUUUAACAGCAAAGGGGUUUUACGUUUACAAUGCUAGAGAACGAAAGUCACGUGUAUGGCACCAUUCAAAACCAAGGUAAUUCAUAGUGCAAAGUCAUAAAAUAAAAGAAAUAAGGUAAAGAAAAAAACAUUAAAAAUAAGAAUACAUUAAAACAGCGAGAUACAAUUAAGCUUCAGAGAAAAAAGAAACACUAAAUAAGAUCUGUUUCAAACCUGCAUGUAUUAAAUCUGUUUUAGGACAACCAGUUGGUGCCUUUUUGACUAAUUACAAGUAUUCACUUUUUUUUCUCAGUCCUGUUUUGACAGGAAGCCUUUUAAUAUAGCAAUUUGAUUAAGAUGGCAGUAAGUUGAUUUUUGUAGUAGACUUCAUUUGAAAAUUUUAAUUCAGGUAUGGGUACAGAACCAAACCAAAGUUUCUUGCAUGCUUUGUGGUUUGGCCUUAUUGAGAAUAGUUGAGUCCUGAUAGCUAAUCUUGUGUUUUUUUGACAAAAAUAUUAAUGCUUUGUUUUAUUUAUUCAUCUGACUCUUUGGUCAUAGUAUUAUGGCUGCAUUUAAUAAGUGUAAUCAUGUGGCAAAACAAAAAUAUAAAGUUGAAUGUUAUCAGCAAGCAUAUAGGAAGAGACGUAGUUCUCUAUAAUCUGGUGGAGCAUUUGAAUGUUGAAUUAAAGUGUUCCAAAACAGAAGCCAUGAGGAACCCCACAUGUAAUAUUUCUCUGUUUAGAUUUAUACUCACUAAAUGACUCAAAAUAUUCACAGUCUGCCAAGUAAGACCUAAAUCAAUUUGUAACAAUUUUCCACCUACUUUUCCUGUCUAUUAGUCGGUAUGUAAUGGUCACUUUUGCCCAUAGCUGAACGUUCUGUGUACAAUUCAUAAAUGGAAGCUGUUUCUGAAUAUAAUCUGAUACUGGAGUCCCAUUCUUUAGUGACUUUCUUUUAAAGCUGAGAGAGGUUUUAUGACAGGAUUCAUGAAGGUGAUACAUUACCAUCCUACCUGUUUUAUUCCCUGUCUUUCUCUGCAUUGCAUCAUGCCGUCAUCAUGUUGGCCAGAUGAAGAAAUCCUGAGCAGAAAAAACAGGCAGCCAGUAUUUAAACCCACAGACUUCAUGUUUAAUUCAGCAGUGUUAUGUAAACAGUUUCUCAGUUAGAUGUUCUGGAGGUUUGAAGUUUCCUGUAUGAACUCUGCUUGUUUUUAAUUUUCACAUAUUAAUGUUUCCUGUUUAUUUCCUUUAAUGUGGAGCUUGAAGCUCAACAGAAAGCUGUUUCCGUCUAAACUCAAACUGAUGGUAAUAUUGUUCCUGCAGUCCUUUAUGUUCCUUUCAGAACAAUCUAUUUGUUUGACUGUUGAUUGGUUGAGUUAAAAAUAACUGCUUAAUAUUCCGGAAAGAUACUUUUUCAAACUUUCUAUCAAGAAUAAAAAAACUAAGUGCACUCUUGCUUCUCAGGAUUGACAAUUGCAGUCAGGUACGCCAAAUCAUACCGAUUAUAAUCAAAAUAAUUUUCAUAAAAGCAAGUAAGUUUUGUUAGUUUGAUUGUGUGCUAUCACCAUGCCAGCAAUGAAAGGCAUCACCUUUGAGAAAUAACCAUUGCUAUCUGUCAGUCUGGGAAGGACUAUAAAUAUAUUGUAAUGUCAUUUCCUAACAGCUCGAAAUCUAUAAUUCUUGAGAAAGAAAGAUGGAAACAAGAUAAGACAACUUCCAUUCUUCUAGGAAGAGGACAUUUCACCAAAUAAGUUUAGACUUUGCGAUGUUUAGAGAAAUUGCAAAAUAUCUCUGAAGAGCUCCAUCCCAGAUGCAGAGACAGAGCUGAAAUCUGUUACCAUGCUAACAGAUCUCAAUUAGCAUGGUAAAUGUCAAUGUUCUGACUGCAUAUCAAUAUUAAAACAUUAGCUGGUUCUUUUCACUUUUUUUCCCCAAAGUUAUUAAGAGCCAUUCUGGAAGGUCCAAAGAGCCGAGUGUUGCAGAUCCCUGGUAUAAAUCAUCAGUUCAGAACAAACCUUUUCUCAGAAACCAAACAAUGUCUAACAAAUUUAUUGAAAAACUUAAGACAUGACAAUGUUUCUGUUUAGAAUCGGUUUUUCUACUGGAGUCUGUUUCAGAACUGACCAGUCGGUUGGUGUCUGUGUUUAAACACCUGCUCUACCUUCAUCUCUUUCACUUUAUUGCAUCAUCCUUCAUUUGACUCCCCAACACUGGUGCAGAAAGCUGCCACCCACUGAUAUUUACUACUGUGCGUGUACAUGUGUGUGUGUUACAGUAUGCUAGCUGUGGUGGAUGUUUCAGGUGUUUCCAGUAUGUUUGUAGGAACAACCUGCCUGCAUGUGUGUGUGUGUGGAGCUGUGUUUUUAGUGCAUGUGUGCGUGGGAUGCCUGAUUGGAUGAGGUUCUGACUGCCGGUUGGCAGCAGACGAAGCAUCCUGCUCAGUCAGAUGGAAGAAAUUUCCGCCCAUACGGAGUUGUAGUAAAUCCAGCAGAGCAUGUGUGUGUGUGAGACGACUGUGCUCCUCCUCAGGUUAAAUCUGGCGCCGUGAUGUAGUCGAAGCUACUUACUGCCUGACGACAUUUCUGGGCAUCUCUGUUGUGAGGGCAAUAAAUUAUAACCAAACUCUAAGUUUGAAGUUCCAACUGUGAAAAGUUUGAUAAAGUUUGUCAGACAAUACUGCACGAAACCAAUAGAAAAUUAUUUUUAGAACAGAAUGGUAUGUAUGAACGGUUAUGGUAUGUCCAAAGUCAGUCAUCCAGGGUCAGUGUCCUGCAAGUUUUAGGUGUUGCCCUGAUUAAUCACACCUAAAUCAUAAGCAGGCCUCUUUAGCACUAACUUCCAUACUGAGGCGGUUUCUAUGUUAUUUGAAUCAACUGUGUUGGAGCAAAAACUCAUCUAAACCCUGCAGGACACCGGCCCUUGAUGGCUGAAGCUAAACACUUUUACAUUGUUUUUAUGUACAUGCAAGUUUUUUGAGAAACUAAAUUUUGAGUUCACAUUAGCUGCAAACAAUCUUUCAUUCACAAUCUUGCAAUCUUAAAGCUUUUAUUUCAUGCAUCUAAAAUUAAGGGCUUAGAAUGUAUUCAAUUAUUUUAAAAAACAUUUAAGUUGGUCUUAGGUAUAUUUAGCACAGAUAUUAAAUAUUGUCAUGACAGGACUUUAGCUCUGUAUAUAUUUUGCAUAGUUUAUUUUUCUUGAGGGACUUUUCUGCCAGGCAAAGAUUUCAUCUUCAUUACAUUCUGUGAUUUGAGGCAACCGCUAACCAGCUGCUCAUAAACCCUUGCCUGCUAGCUAGCUUUUUUGCAUCUAUUUAUAAGUGUAAUUACAACGCCAGUUAACUGGACAACGUUUGUUUCUCUUCUGAUGCCAACUUGCAUAAUGCUACACGCAUUCUCUGCAAAAAAAUUUGCCACUAGUACAAACUUUUUUGUGCAGUUUUCUUUUGUACAUUUGUCAUAAUAUAAUGUGUUAAAUUUAAUUCAUAAUGGUCUUAUAAAGGCCUUUAGAAGUUGUUGAUUUGAGCUGGUGAAGACUGCAGAAACACUGUGUAUAAAAAUAAAGAUUCACUUUUUUAACUAAGAAAAUUUAGUUUUUGAUCACUUUUUAAAGGUUUUAAAUGAAGCUUAUAAGUUACUUUGAUAAAUGUGAAUUAAAUGUGCUUUUAGAUAUCAGCAUAAGCAAAUGUUUUGUUACUGACGGCUUUCACAGAUAGUCAUUAAUAGAGCUUCUGCUUUUUUAUUAGCUGAAGCUGCUGUCUCUGUCCUUACCAUCUUCUCUGUCUGUUCUCUGUGU